AUGCACGACUGGAUAGCUGAGCAGUUUGCAACCACGAACGGUGAAGCAUUUAUUAUUAAACUACCUGGAAAGGAUGACAUGAUUUUUAUCGCAAAGCCUGAACACCUCGAAACUGUACUGAAAACCCAGUUUGAAAGCUUUCCAAAAAGUCAGUACAUUCAUGAUGUGUAUAAUGAUGUGCUUGGUGAUGGCAUUGUUUUGAGCAAUGGCGAGAAGUGGAAGCGGCAGCGCAACGUUGUCGCCGGUCUUUUCAGCGCUCGUGCAUUGAUCGACCACAUGGUUCCGAUUGUGCAGAAAUAUACUAUACAGCUCGUCGAUAUCUUGUCACCCAUCGCAGCUACAAGCACUCCGCUUGAUAUGUUUGAUCUGCUGCUUCGGUAUACGUUCGAUGUUUUUGGAGAGAUUGGCUUCGGAACAACAAUGAACUCGAUGAAUGGAGCGUUCCAACCAUUUGCUCAAGCAAUGGAUGAGGUGCAGUUUCUUGCGGGCAAACGUUUUAAACAGCCCAUGUGGUACUGGAAACUGCGUCGCUGGCUUAACAUCGGCGACGAGAAAAAGAUCAAAGAAAACGUACGUGUGAUUGACGAACAUUUGAUGGGAAUCAUUGCUAAUGCUAUCGAGCGCCGUCGUCAUCGUGUUGAAGAGCAAAAGGCUGGCCGACCAGUCGCUCAGGCUGAUAAGGAUAUUGUGUCUAUUGUGCUUGCCAACAUGGAAUCCAGCGGAAGGCCUGUGGACCCCGUCGAGGUGCGAAACAUUGCUAUCGCAUCAAUUAUCGCUGGUCGCGAUACAACCGCCGAAUGUAUGGCAUGGCUCUUUCACAUGUUUAGUCAAAAUCCGAAUGCUGAGGUGCGAUUGCGUUCAGAACUGUUUACCAAAAUUCCAAAGCUUCGUACGGACAAACACUACAUCCCAACAGUGACUGACGUUAACAGUGUACCAUACCUAGAAGCUUGUAUUCGUGAGCUGCUACGGUUGUACCCGUCUGCACCGCUGAUCACCACUCACUGUAUCAAAGACACCGUGUUUCCAGACGGCACGUUUGUACCUGCAAAUACGGAUAUUGGCAUUGCAAUCUUCUCUUGCGGACGAUUGACCAGCGUUUGGGGCGACGAUGCUUUAGAUUUUAAGCCAGAGCGAUUUAUCGACAGCCUUACUGGUGAAAUCAUCCCGAUGAGUGCGACAAAGUUCGCAGCCUUCAGUGCUGGUCCACGUAUCUGCGUCGGUCAGACUUUAGCAUUUAUCGAAACCAAAAUUGUUAUUGCUAACAUCGUCGCUCGUUUCACAAUGAAACCGGAACCAGGUCAGAAUGUCACGUACACGGAAGGCAUUUCGUUAAGCAUGAUGGACCCGCUUAUGAUGCGUAUCAAGCCAAUUGACACCGAGGUCAUAAUUCCGUUUGCAUAA